AGACGAGUUCGAUGCAGGCGCAGAAACGAUAAGCUCCAUCAGUGGCUGGCUCCGCUUGGCCCUGAGCCCUCUGUCACUCCAUGAGUCCAUGUCCAUGAACAGGUAAAGCCGCUGCGUCCUAGAAGAUCCAGGCGAUGGGAUGAGGCCCACCGCAGCAGCAGCCAAGCCCUCCUUCCUCCUCGCCAGACACCAACCAUUCCCGUUCCCGGAAUCAUCAAGGGCAGCAGCAGCAACCGAUCCAUGCAAGCCGCCCAAGAAGUCGAGGCGCGCUGGCCGGUCAUGGCGAGCCGCGUCGGCAGGCAGCGAUGAGCGCGGCCAGUCCGUGUCGACGGUGGCGACGACGCCGUCGGGGAGGCGGGCCCGGCUGUCGGCGCGGCGGCGGGAGAGCAUCAGGCUCCUGGACGUGCUGCCGGGCCAGGGCGGCAUCGGCGAGUUCCUGCGGCACCCCGCCGGCGUGGAGUCCCUGCUCAACACCCGGGCGCUGCAGAGCUUCGCGCCGGUGGAGCCGGAGUCGGAGUCGGGCCCGGCCGGCGCUUUCAGGUGCACGCUGCACCCCAUGGGCUUCCUCGGCUUCCAGGUCGCCCCGGUCCUGGACCUCCGCGUCACCCCGACCGGCGACGACUGCACCGUCGAGAUGCUCUCCUGCAGGUUUGAGGGUUCGGACUCGAUCGAGCAGCAGAAUGAGCUCUUUUCAGCGGUUAUGACGAACCGAAUAACAUGGGGAGACAAUGGUGAUCAGGAGCCAUGCUUGGACAUCGAUGUCAAUCUGGAGGUCACACUGGAGGUGUACACGAAGCCAUUCAGCUUGCUCCCGCUGUCGGCAGUGGAGAAACCAGGCAACCUGCUGAUGCAAGGGCUGCUUGACAGGCUUGUCCCGAUGCUGGGUGAGCAGCUGCUGAGGGACUACCACUCCUGGGUUCAGCAGCAGGCCCAGUCUUCGUCCUCAUGAGCGAGCGACUGCCCAAAGUCUGAAAAAAACACUACCUACCUAGCAGAUUCCUGGGAUUCAUGGCCGGGGCGGCUUUCAUCAAAUCCACCUGGCAGCAGCACCAAGAAAGAAUCACGAGGACGCGGCAUGGGUUAAUUUGUCGAUGCUUGCAUGAUAUAAGAAAGAAUCGUUUACUGUACAUCCCAUCCUAACCUUUGAGAGAAAUCAUUCGAAUUUCGAAAAGGUUGUGCCUAGCUAACUUUUGACCCAUGUACCACACAUCUACUAGAAAACUCGUGCUGCACAUUAGCAUGAUGUUGAAGGUUCUGGUUGUUGUUAUUGCAUUAGUCUCAAUGUAAUACUAGUAGAUGUUACAUUACACAUGUUCAAACAGCAUGAGGUUUUCCCUCAAGAAAUUGCAGUGGUUGAAACUUCUCUAGUA